CUCCUCUGGAGGAGUGACGUCAUGCGGCUGCCUCCUCGGUGUGUGUCCGAAAUGAUGACUCCUCCGCACGGUCACAGUUAAACCUCCACCCCGCUGCCGUUCAUCCCCCGUCGCGUGAUGCAGCAGAAGUUGUGUUCCAGGGGUUGUAGUUCUUUCCUCUUAGAGCGGAAUGGCCAGGCCUGCGGCGCUGGCACCGACCCCAUCACCUGCUGCGACCUCCCCUUCCGCUGCCCCCGCUGUGGCGAGCUGGAGCGCUUCCACAGCCUGGCCUCGCUCCGCGCCCACCUGGAGUACCGCCACUCGUACCACUCACCGGACGUGGACAACAGCAGCUUCAGCAUCACUGGCCAACUCCCUGACCCACUGACAGCAGCGAUUCCCUGGCACGACAUGAGCCUCCCGACACGCAGGGGGCAGCAGAGCACAUGGCGGCCACCCCACGUACGCUCCCUCAGUGACAGCAGGGACAGCGGGUACCUGCACUCCUACAGGUCUGUGAGGAGGCGGACCCAGAGCGUCGGGGUGGGUACGCAGGCAGAGGAUGAGGAGGCAGAGGAAGAUGAAGACUACGAAGAUGAUGAGGAUGAAGAGGACGAGGAGGAAGACGAAGAGAGAGAUGGAGGCAGAAAUGAAGAGGAUAUUAAAAUGGAAAAGUCAGAUUCAGGAUACCAUAACUUCCUGUUUCGUCCUCUUGCUCAUCUCGGACAACCGGCAGACCUGGACACGGAUCCAGACCUGAACCUGGUCGAGCAGAACUACUACGCUGGACUGGAGACAGCGGCGGCCUCGGCGGCAGUGCGGCGGCGACUGGCCAGCAUCCUGCGGGCGGCCGACAGCACCAUGCAGCGGCGGCUGGCCAAGGUGAGCACGGAGCUGGCCCAGACGGACACAGAGCUGCUGUGUGAACGCGCUCACUCGCAGCACCUGGCCCAGGAGAGGCAGGAGGUGGCGGAGCGGGAGCGGUCGCUGAGCCGGCAGGUGGACGUCGCCGUGAUGGUGAUCGCCGCGAUGAGGGAGCAGCUCAACGCCUCCGAGAACGAACUGGAACGACGAGAGAGGGAGGUGAUAACCAUCCAGAAGUUUCUGGAAGCAGUGGCGCGACAGGAGACGAGUGGUAAAGUUCGAAUCCAACGCUUCAUCGAGGACCUGCUUAGACGCAUUGCUCUGGCCGAGAGGCUGGUGGAGUACUACCAGGUUAACGGCAGUCCGCCCCAGUGCAACCACUACAAGCACCACCAGCAGCCAACUGAUAACGGACCCCACAGAAUCACUAAGAGCAGGUCAGCAGGAGGUCAACUGUCCUCGUCUUGUUUCCACAACAGCAGGACGCCCUUGUCCUCCGUGUGCAGCGGCUGCCCUCCGUUCUCCACGCCGGGUGGGGAAAGAGACCGGGAGCGGGAGCACAUGGAGCGGCUGGCCCAGUCGUCCAGGCUCUUCUGCCGACCCGAACACAGAGACGACAUCUGGAACCACCAGCGCCGCCGGUCCGCCGGGUACGAGGCCUAGAUGUGUAGGGAGACGCCAGGGAGAGGGGGGGUAAAACCUUUUUACACAUGACUUUAUUUCAGUAUGAUAAUCUGUGGAAAAGUUCAGUAACCUCAAAGUCACAUCAGGAUUCUUUGGAAAAGUUACGGUUCAAUCAAUCCUUACUGAAGGAAACUGUGCAGAUUAGUAUUAUUAUAUUUAAUAUAUAAUUAUUAUUAUUUGGACAAUCUUCGUUUUCCCAGUGAUGGUGGCGACUCGUCCUCUCCUCUGGUCGAACCCUCACAUCUCGGCCUGGUUCUCCCUAAAACUCCCCAUCAGUCCAGUUAUCUUCCUCCUGUCUGUGCUUAUUAAGGUCAAACUGCUGCAGUUAUCCUGAUGAGUUGAUUGAACUAUCUGGAACUUCCUGCCCCAACAGAACUUUCUUGAAACUUUGAAUGAAGAUUAGGUUCAUCUAAACUUGGAGCGUUGCCCUGUGAUGAUUGAGGAAACCUUGGAUUUCCUGUGGUGCUUCUGUUAUCAUCAUCCGACGAAUGAGGCAGGAAAUCAUUUAGUCAGUGAUGGAAACAUGGAACAUUUAAAAAAAACGAACAGAGACUCCAAGUCUAGAAAGUGGAGUCAACGAAGUCCCUGCAUCUUUUAUUCUGUGUGAUGACUGCUGUCCAAUGAGUGCAGGUGUGGUGUGCCUCAAAGUCAGGCUCCACCCCCUGCUCCAAACCAGGGGGUGAUGUCCCCUCGCUGCUCUGAUUUGCUUUGUUAGGCACAGACAUGACUUUGAUGACAUCAGAUCCUGGUCGAGCUCAUUGUUCACGUGAUUCUUGGCUUUCGCUCGAGUGUGUGAGCUUCACUACAUGAGGACCAACACGGAACCUUUCUGAUACCUGUACAUAACGUUAGAUACAUGUUGACUUGAAAUGAUUUAUUGUGAUUUAUAUGCUUCCUCACAGUUGGUCCUUCUGUCAGGGCUAACCCGCCCACCAGUCUGUUCCCAGAGCAGGAUGUUAAACCAGAGAUAUGGUGGAGGCUAAAAUCAGAUAUGCACAAGUAUAAGCCUCCUGUUUAUAAGGAGCAGUGCAACAUUUCUGGGAAGGAAAGCUUACGUCCCGCCCUAGAUCAGCGUCAGAUGAGAAGAUAGAAAUCCGUUUCAUCUCUCUGCGUCCAGUGCACAGAGAGAUUCAGGCCCUGUUAUCCUAGCUUAGCACAAAGACUGGAUGGAGAAAGGAAACUGCUAGCCUUCAUCGUUGAUGACUACAAAGUGACUGAAAAGCUUCCUCAUCGAGCCACUAACUAAUUCAGACAUUUUACCACUAGUAUUUUUAUUCUUCUCAGCAAAUCUAAGAGAAAAAGCAUAAACCAGUCUUUGUGCUAAAGCUUUGGAGAACUGGUUUUAUCCUCCGUUGCAUGUUUUUCUGAUAGCAGAAGCCACGUUCAUGCAGCUCGACCAAGUUCUGCAGAACACCACACACGCAGUAUAACGAAUGUACCGAGUUAAUGUUCUAGCUCAUGCCGAAAGAGACGCUCCGUUCUGAGACCUGACUCGUCCCGCCGCUCGUUCAGGCUUGAACUCGCGCCCUCGUCGGCACAGAAACGGGUGGAGAUACUCCGAUCACAAACAGAAGGACGUCGUAUCAAACACUUUCAUCCAAAGUGACUUAUCAGUGCCGUGAAUACAUCCAGUUCAUCUGCAGUAAACUAAACGAGUCGUGGCGGCUUCUUUAAUACCAUCGUUCCUCUGGUUACGGGACAUGUUUUUUGCACUCAUCCAAUCAUAAGAAUGUAAAUGUAAAAGAUGGUAUUUGGUGUAAAAUGUAACUUUUUAGUUUUUGUUGACAGUGUUAAUAGAUAUUUUAUAUUCAAAGCAAUUAUGUGUCGUCAAGUGGAAGUAGUCGUCCUUUAACUUGGCAGAACAUUCACCUGAGUCACAAAGCAUUUUUGAUUUUUCAGCCCGGUGUCUGCAAGGUGAUGUGAACGUCUUCAGAUUAGUGUUUAACUGAAACAUGUAUCAUCAGUGGAUAGUUAACUUCACUAAGGUGAGGUCAAAGUGUUUAGUGGAUCUUGCAGACACCUCCCAGAGGCCGAGGCAGCGUCCACACUGACGCGUCUUUAUUUUUGAAAGUUAUCUCCGUCCACUUGAACGUUACAGCUUCAUGUCAGAAAAGAUGAAUCAGGAAGUAGAUUGUUUCCUCUGCAGUUGUUUGCUUAGUCACAGAAGAAGUGGGGUGGGGGGGGGGGGGGGGGGAUAGGAUGAACAGCGAUGGUGAAAAGUAAGAGCACGUUUUCUUUUCUUGGACGAUGACGAGGUGGAGCUGUUACUGACAGUCGCCCUCCCUCAUUCGUGUUAUUUUCUCAAACUAAGCAGCCACCUGCAGAGUAAACAAUCUACUUCCUGUUUACAACAUAUGACCAGUGUAGUUGAAGGGUCAUGUGACAUGUGUGGACAGAUUAUUUCUAUAGUUCUCAUUUAAAAACGCAGUUUAAAUCCUGUUGGUGUGAACGCAGCCUGACCAGUGGUUGUGCCAAUCAUAAUUUUCUUAUUUUAAUAUUUAUUAAAAUCUAAUAUAUAUAUUAUAUAUAUUAAAACAUUUUAAUUGUAUUUAUUGGAUGUUGCUAAUAUUCUUAAGCCAGAUAAUGUUCUGUACUUUUGUUUUUCAUCACUUUAACAAACCAAGUCGGACUGAAUUUGAUAAUUUGUUGUCAACUGAUGCUACUUGUUAAAUGGAAAACUGUAUAUUUAGAAUAUAAAGCGUUAGUUUUCAGUUGAACGGCUUCGUGGAGGUGAUCGUGGAUUCGUUGAGGUUUCCCUUAAUCUGCUUCUCAACACGUGAGAACCUGAUCGGAUAGAUUUGUACAACUUAUCAACGAGAGAUUUGAGAUCUGUGUCAGUUAACUAGACUUUAGCAGUGAUGAUGUGAAGUGUUGCUGCUGCUGUGGAUUAAAAACCCUUCUGCUCUUAGAAGAACCUGAAAGAACCAAGAACACAGAGACUCAGUCUUUGUUUUUAGAUUUGAAUGAACUUGAUGACUUCAUGUUGACUCAACAUCCGUCGGACGUAAUAAUUAUAAAAACUUUUAUUCUUUAAUAGUCUUUGAAAAACAAAGGGACCAGCCGUCCUUGGCCGAGGUGAUCACUGAGUUGAAGGGUUUUUAUGCAAACAGCAGCUUAACUCUUGACUUGUGUGUCGGUUGUGUGUGUCUGGUAAACUGAUUUCUGUUGUCGAGUUUCUGGUGCUCAGUCUUUGGAAGUUGGUAGAAGAUGCAUGACGCAGCUCAACAACUACUACAUAUGUAGCUAUUGUGUUACUGUGAAAGCAUGCUCCAUAUGUAGCAAAGAGUACUUAUAAAAUACUGUUAUCUUGUACUAUGUGUACUUUUGUAGCAGAGCGAGGUCUAUUUUAACGGUGUUUGAAGGAGAGUUGCACUAAGCCAGCCGAGGGCACUGAGCGUGGAGCUGUUGGGUUUGACACGACGGUGGAGUUGUUCUGGACAAUCAGCAUGGGUCAUGCACAGGUCUGGAAAAAACACUUCCUGUGGAAAACGUGCAGGACCUUUGAGAGGAAGAAGAAACAGAGACGAGGGGGAAAACGCAAUCGAAAGCAAGUUACUGUCGGAUCUUUCCUCCCUCGUGCCGAUGGAGAUGAAGGGAUUUUUUCUGUUGUGUGGAACUGUUUCCCGGCCGAGUUUAAACCUCCUUUCGUUCGUCAUGAUUGUCCGUAGAGAUUUCGUUUGCAGAAGUGAUCUCUAGUUUUGUGCCUUCACUCCAAACCUCCGUCGUCUGUAUAACACUGUGCAAAAUGCAAUACUGUGAAGAGCUGGAUAACGUUUUCUGUUCUGUGUGGACACCAUGGAAGAUUAAAGAAAUAAACAUGA